AUGGAGGGGCCCCCUGCAGUGGGGGGCCCCCCAGUUGGGGGCCCCCCCCCAGGAGGCGUGGGUUAUGAAGACCAGAUCCCCUUUACCGAGCAGCAGCAGCAGCAGCAGCAACAGCAGCAGCAGCAGCAACCCUUUUAUGCGUCUCACCCGGCUGAGGACGCGGGGACUGAGUUUUACAUUAUUCGUUCUUGUUCGGAGUACAACGUGGAAGUCGCCAGGCGUUUGGGCGUCUGGGCCACAAUCCCCAGAAACGAGGCCAGACUCGCUCAGGCAGCCAGAGAGGCGCCUCACGUGCUUCUCUUCUUUCGAGUUCUUUCUUCCCACAACUGGGCGGGCUAUGCGCGAAUGAAGACAGCCCCAGGCGAAGGCUCUUAUCCCUCCAGUGUCUUUUCGGGCCGCAGCGGAAGGCCGUUUGUGGGGCUGUCUUUUGACAUAGAGUGGAUUAGCAAGGCCCCCCUUAGCGUCGACUUGACGAGAACUCUUUACAACAAAUAUAAUAAUGGCGAAUCUGUCAACAGAGCCAUGGACGGCCAACCAGUAGACCCGCAAGCUGGAAGAGCUUUGGCUUAUCUUUUCGAUGAAAUGAGCAGCACAAACAAUUUCAGUAUAAGUCCCUUUGGGGGCCCCUUCUCGAGGGGCCCCCUGGGGGCCCCCCAGGGUCCCCCCGGCCGCUUGGCGCUGCAGCCACCGGGCACCAGGCAGCAGCAGCAGCAGCAGCAGCUGCAGCAGCAGCAGCGAGGGGCGGGGCCGGGGCCGCAGAGAAAGAAACAGACGCAGAACAAACGCCAAAACCAAAACGAAUCCACGGAAGGUGGCCAGCAAAAGGUCCUCUUGGCGCUGCAUAAUCCAGCCACGAAGAUCUUCCCGGUGGACUUGACGGAGAUGACGUACGACGACUACAUCGAGACUUACGAAGCCUCGCAGGCGCUGUGGCAGCGGGUUUUUCGAAAACAUGGAUAUCAAGUGGACGACUUUGCUGCUGCUGCUGCUGCUGCUGCUGCAGCGCCGCAGGAGGGGGCGGCGGCAGCGGGGGGUGUACGUACACCCCAAGAUGCGCAGACACCGCAGGGUGUACGUACACCCGAAACUGCGCAUACACCCCGAGACAGUAAUACCCCACAAGACAUAAAUGCGCAGCAAAUUCAAAAUAGUGAAACUCCAGACACAAGUCCGCAGCCGGCUGUACGUACACCCGAGGCUGCGCGCGCUCCGCGAGCUGCAGAUACACCCCAAGGUGUACAUACACCCGAGGGCGCAGCACUCCCCCGAGGUGUAGAUACACCUGAAGACCCACAACCAGAAACAGCUGCCGCUUUUUCUUCAGAGAAAGCUGACGGAAAUAAAGAGAAAAGGCGAGCUGCCGAGGUGUAUGUACACCCCACUGAGUCGCCUGUGCGGCUCAAGGAAGAACCAGAAGCUGCUGCUGCUGCUGCUGCUGCUGCGGCAGAGAGUGCAGGAGCAGCCGAGGUGUACGUACACCCCAAAGAAGAUGGGGGGAGCCAACAAAAACUGGUUAAUGUCAAAACAGAGAUUUAG